AUGCCCAAAGCGAGACUGCCAAUCCCACUCAUUGAGUUUUUAAGAAAUAGAAUCUACUUGGGCGCUUACGAUUACGCUCCUAAUGAUACUGUUGACUUGGUUUACUUUACGGUAGAGGAUGCAUUGCCAUAUAAUGCUUUCCACUUGGACUUUGGUCCUCUUCACAUCGGCAGCUUGUAUAGGUUUGCUGUCAGUCUACAUAACAUCUUGAACGAAGAAGUCAACCAGGGGAAAGGUGUGGUCUUUUAUAGUUCGACUUCUCCAAAGGAGAGAGCCAAUGCUGCCUGUUUGUUGUGCUGCUAUAUGGUGUUGGUUCAACUGUGGGCACCACAUCAAGUCCUCCAGCCAAUCUGCCAAGUUGAUUUCCCCUUCCUGCCAUUCAGAGAUGCUGGAUACUCCAAUGCUGAUUUUGAAAUAACCAUUCAAGACGUUGUUUAUGCCAUGUGGAGAGCCAAGGAAAGAGGUAUGAUAGACUUGACUACUUUCAACUUGGAAGAGUACGAGCAGUACGAAAGAGUCGACCAAGGUGACUUCAAUGUCAUCUCCAAAGACUUUAUAGCAUUUGCAUCUCCUCAACAGAAAAAGCCUGGUGUUUUGAAUGAACCUUUUAAGAAAGUGCUUAGCUUUUUCAUCAACAACGAUGUUCAGUUAGCUGUGCGUCUCAAUUCCCACUUGUACGAUGCCAACGAGUUCACCAAACGCAAUAUCCAGCAUAUCGAUAUGAUUUUCGAAGAUGGCACUUGCCCUACUAUGGAAUAUGUCCAAAAGUUUAUUGGUGCUGCUGAAUGCGUUAUCAACAACGGUGGUAAAAUCGCCGUCCAUUGUAAAGCAGGUUUAGGGAGAACAGGAUGUCUCAUCGGAGCCCAUUUGAUUUAUACCCACGGCUUCACAGCAAAUGAAUGUAUUGCUUACAUGAGAAUGAUCCGUCCAGGAAUGGUCGUGGGUCCUCAGCAGCAUUGGCUCUAUUUACAUCAACAAGAGUUCCGUGAUUGGAGACAUACCAUGUGCCUUGACAACAGAGCAGAUGCUUUCAUUGGCGGUCUCUUCCCAUUGGUAUCAUACAAUAACUUCAAAGCUAGAGCAAAGGAAGAAGCAAAGCAGAAGAGAUUACAGCAACAACAGCAACAGCUCAACUCUUCAUACAUGAGCCACUUCGACUCAUCCUUCACCCACACACCAGUAAGAAGAAGAAAGAUUAGUGAACAUCUUGCAAGCAAAAUCCAAGGUGCUGUUCCAAUGGAGUCACCUGGCCAGCCUAGAAAAUACGAAGAAGCAGACACCUCUUCUGUUCUCGACGUUAUAAACAACUCCGAUGAAGACAACCAAGCAAUCUCUAUGCAAGAUGCUGAUUGUCAUUCAAGUGGCGUUGAACAAGAGAUCAACAACGCCGAUGGUGAGAUCGUCCAUAGCUCUCCUAAGAGAGACACCGGCGACCACAGAAUCUUGCGUUCAAUCUCCACAAAUGCCCAGCAGCUGCCUAUGCUGAUGACCAAAACUACUACUACAACCACGACACGCACCAUCAGCACAACGUUAACCUCCAACCCAUCAUCACCUAAUGGAUCAAAGAUGCUCAAGUCUCGCUCGAGCACCAAGAUUCACAGUGGGCUUCUUCCUGGUAAGAAUGUCGGGACAAGGAUGCACUCUGGUGGCAUCAGAAAAGUUAGCGGCAAGAAAUACUGA